GCAAUAGGGGGAUUGGAGGCGACGCUGCAUGUGUUUUCUUAUUUACGUCGAGUGAAGGUGUUAGUGCGAGGGCGAGAAAAUCAUAGGCUUUGAAGCUUACUAUGAGAAAUGUCGACGUUGCUUUUCCUUUCUGCAAAAUAAGCUGGUCAAGCAAAAAGUAAAUCAAGGUCAUUCAUCUUCUGAAAAGCAAACUGACUGUUUGCUUGAGCUACGUACUCUCUAUUGAAAGCGGCCGGCACUGCCCAUGAUAGAGAGGCUGGAUUAAGAAGAAUAGCUGGAGUUAUAUUCCCGCUAUGGAUUUUUCUGUAAAUAUGAUGGACAAUGGACGGGGCAGUCUCUCUGGACAAGUUGUUACCAGCAUGGGCAUUGCUUAUGCACCUCACAUCACAUCAGCUCAGUUGCAGCAACAGUCUUUAUCUAACGGCACACUUUCUGCACAUCAAAUUGUCUCUGCAUCUCAUCAGCAUUUGCAGCAGCAAGUUGCUGUUACUGCUGCUCAGGCUCAGCGCUUAACGCUACAGCAACAGCAGCAAGUGGCUGCUCAGCAACAGGCAGCAGCACAACAGCAAGCUGCUGCUGCUGUAGCUGCGGCUCAAGCUCAGCAACAACAGCAGCAGCAGCACCAUCACCAUCAUCAUCAUCACACCGCUGAUAACUCUUCGCUUAGCCAUGCUGCAGAAAUAAAAGUUCAGGAGUUGAGUAAAGAAGAACCUCAAAGUGGGGCAUUCACACCGCCUCCACGUGUGGACUCUGUAGGAUCUUGCACCCCUCAUGCCGACGUGCAACUGGAAAAAGGGACCGACACAACUGAUAUGGAGGCUAUAAUCAAAGUUGAGAUAAGAGGUUACUUGCCUGGCAUUACUCCAGGCAUCUCUGAGAAGGACAAAAACAGUAUUAUUCAACUGCACUUUACAUCCGUACCUGAACUAUUGCAAUACUUUUCACGGGGUGCCAUCACCCAACAAAUAGAUGCAUUAAAUUUUCUCAAUCCUGAAAUAGUACGAAAUCUUAAUCCUGAUCUAGUCAGGAAUCAUUUUUUGUAUGUACCGAGCAGUCAAGAAUCAGUUCGUGUUUCUUCAAAUGGCUUCAGCUCAUCGUCAAGUUCACCCAAUGGCACCCAAACUCUGGGCAACUCAUCUGCCACUAGCAUGUCAUCAGCUGCUGCUUCAGCGACUGUUGCUGCCAACACAAUACAAUUGCCCAUCGGCGGAGGCAAGAUCAUGGUCAAGCAUGAGCGUAAACGAGGUGAACUACCUCCAGGUACCAUCAUCCACAAAACUCCAGUUGAUGCCAAUGCUGGAAACGUUUUUGUUUGCUGGAUAUGUGGGUUAGAUCUGCAAAAAAGUUUACAAUUCGAGGAACACAUGGUGGAUCAGCACAGCGUUGACAAGCCCUAUCGUUGCGAAGAUUGUGGGGUAACUUUCAAAAGAAAAGCGCAUCUCGAUCGGCAUCGUCGUAUACAUUUACCCACUCGGCCGUACCAGUGCGGAGUUUGCGGCAAAGGUUUCACACGUAAUGAGCACGUGCGAAGGCAUGCCUUCACGCAUACUGGUGAGAAGACUCCUUUCUUUUGUCCUAUAUGCUGUAAGAAAUUUACGAAAAUACAUUUGUUUGAUAAGCAUAUGGAGGAGCAGCACCCAUUGGCACCCCCUAGUGAGUGUUCUAUUUAUGUAAAUAACAAGGAGAACAACUUGAAUCAGGGUGAGUACAGCGAUCUAAUUGAUCACAAUCAAACGGCCAAGACGAAUAGUUGUUAUCUUUCGUCAGAAGUGGUCCCGAAUCGUUCACAUCUCACUCAGAAUGAUUUCCCGAGCAAUGUUGUUGAUGCUUCUCUCACAUCUAUCGAUAUUCGGUCAUCUAAUAAUGUGCCCUUUCAUAAUACGCUUAAUGCAGGUCAUUAUUCUUAUGGUAGCAAAACUCUGGAUUUUCGUGUUGUUUCAAGCCUAGGUGAUGUAAAUGAAACUGAAAUGCAUUAUUCAACUCAAGUCUGUGAGUCCACUGCUAACUAUGUUGAAGAAGCACACCCAGCUGCAAACCCAUGUACUGAUCUCAACAAUCCUCGAAAACGUCAAAAACUUUCAAGCGCGCUGAGUAUUGUCAAUAACGCUUCAAAGCAUACCACUCCUCUGCCGAGUAACGUAAGUAGUAAAACAGAAGAAGCUUACCUUAUAGCGCGCAGUAUUAGCAACGAAGCUCACCCAAUUGCUCCAUCGCGUAGCGUUGGUAUUGAUGCAGGAAGAAACCACGCGUUUCCCGUUUCGCGACUUAUUGGCAGUGUUGCAGAAGAAGGUUUGGGUCCCGCUGCCCGCUGUCUUGAUAGUAAUGAGGGCCGUAAAGUAGCUUCUCUGUCCUUGAAGGCUGCUAAAACAGAUCAUAACUUACAUUCAACAUCAGUCACUGGUGACAUUUCCAACGCUAAGCCAGGUUAUGAAUUGACGGACGAAUCGCAUGGUGUUUUUUCACACCAUCAAAAUCCAAAGCGUUAUGUUGGUAUCUCGAUCAAUGAUCCUAUUCAGGAGCAUCGCGUGGCUCCUAACGAAACUACUUACAAGUCUUCACAAGGAAAAGUCAGUAGAUCUGGUAUUGCCUCUGACGAUUACCAGGAAAUUGAACAACGUUCUACUGCUCUUGCAAUUAGUGGUAGCGCAAAUGCCCCUAAAAACCGUUCGCGAAGAACAAAUUCUCAUAAAACCACUGUGAGCUCCGCUAAAGUUGUGAAAGAAUCGCAUGACUUAUCAUUCAAUGUGUCGGGUUUUAGUAAUGAAAUCACUCCCACUUCCCACAAUUUUUUACAGCGCCGAGCAAGCGACAAGCGGAAAAUCAGUUGCAGUAUCAACCCUAGUCGCGAAGCAAAUGAAGAUUCCGAAGCCUCUAAAGCUGCAGGGCUCAGUAAUGCUCGCAAUAAAACUUGUACAGAUGAUACUAAAACGGAAGUAGAGCCUUCUGUCGAGAGGGUUUUUUUCACGCAAUCUCAUAUGCUAACGAUCCCUCCGGGAAUGACGGAGGAGGAGUUAAAUGCGCAAAUUACCCGCUUGUACGGUAUAACAAGUGUAGAACACGCGAACUCCUCUCUCGGUAAUGACGCUUCUUCUGUACUUGCGUCCGAUAGUCAGUUUAUAGGCAUAGAUUUGCCAUAUGAUCAAAAAGAAUCGUCAGAAUGUGGAGAGGAUGCUUUUAACGACCGUGAGAGAACUCAACUCGUUAGUAAGAACAACUCUUGCAACUCGGAACUAGCUACCGUUUCUUCUGCUGAAAAUUCAUGUAAUUCUGAAAUUAGAGAUGCAAAUGUGCCUACCACUCUAAUGCUAACGUUGAGUACAAAUACGGCGGUUCCAUCAACUUCCGUUGACCCUGAGAAUACAUCUGAGAAUGAACCCCAAAUGCAGGACGUGGAUGAGAAGCAUCCCGCUCUCCAUGUUUACUCUAUGAAUGGCGAUCUUCUUUGUACCGUUCCUCCUCAGUCUCCCAAUGAUGAGGCAAACUUUUUUGAUGCUGCUCAUGAUGUGUUGAUGGUGGAGCAACACCGGCAUCAAAACUACAUGCCUGCUGGGGAUGGAGAUGACGAAAAGGAAAGUUCAAACCUGCAACUGAGCCGUGGGGAAAAGUCGCGUCUAGACGACACAAUGAGGCUCAAAGACGAGUCCAAUAAGGAAGACGGACUGGGAACCCUCCUGCUACAGACAAGUGGAGGGAACAGUCGCGUUGUUACCAUCAACCAGACGGUUGGUGGAGCAGGCUCGCCUGUCUCCAUAAUCCAGAAUGGCGGAGGACACAACGGCGGCGCUCUGUCGGGCGUUCUUGUGAACGGCACGUCGGCUGUUGCGGUGCAAGUGACAGGAGGUGUGGCGACACAGUCCGGUGGCACAGUACUCCACACUCCACCCACCAUCGUCAGUAUCGCCACACCCUCUCCACAACAACAACUACAGCACGUCCAGCAGCAACAACAUCAUAACGGGUCAUCAAGCAACGGUUCCUCGAGUACGUCGUCCGGUCGUCGCGGCGAGUCCCGUUCGCAUAAUGGCGAGCCCGUAGCACGUCCAUACCAGUGCGGCGUUUGCGGUAAAGCUUUUAUUCGGAAUGAGCAUUUGAGGCGACACGUGCUCACGCACUCGGGGGAGAAGCCGUACUCGUGCACGCAGUGUAGCAAGUCUUUCUCACGGCGGGAACAUCUUACCAAGCAUGUGCGGGCUCAUAACAAACAAAACGGAGUGGCUAUUUCUUCUGACGUGCAGCAACAGAAUACCGUAACAAACAUUCAACAACAACAACAGCAGCUGGGAAGUAACACCCCUUCGUCUAGCAGCACCCCUACGCCUCUUCACCUGGGCAACACCUCAAUCCAGGUGGUCGGGACAGGAGUUGCGGUGGAGGGAUUAACACACGGAGGGGCGGUCGUAGCGCAGACGAGUAUGGCGCAAGGUGGUGGCGGUUUAUCCUCAGUAGUGGCGAGCGGAGGCAACGGAUCUCACGGGACGGUCGUAGCAACGCACACCCUGCACGGCACGCCGGUGUCACACACGCAUCUCAGUGGAACUCCCGCCUACAUCCCCAUGUACUCAUUGCUCACCGAGGUCGUGCAGUAGCUUGCUGAAUGUGGCACAGCUUAUGGACUUCCUUUGCCACGCGGUAUUUUCAGUUAUGUGUUUUAUUAGUAUAGUUCUUCUCCUACUUCAUGUAUGUGAUUCUUGCUUUCCAAAAAGAGAGCUAAUGUCCUUCUUAUUUAGAUGCAGUUUGUCUCGUCUUGUUUAUUGACAAUUUUCUUCCGCCGUUAGCAUUUCUCGUGAUGUCGUCUGCUGGUAAACAUUUAAAUUUUUGGUUCGUCAAAAUAUUGUUUACUUUCGUUCGGGAUCGAUAAUGCUUUUUGUUUAACCUUGCAUGGCAUAUCUUAUUGUUGAAAAUUCUCACAAUUCCAACUAUUCGUGAAUUGCUUGCCAGAAACAUGGUGCCAUAUAGGGUUAACGGUUGUUACAUUUAAAAGCCCCUUCACUGAAUUCUGAGUAACUUUUGACAUCCUGUGUUUGGAAAUAGACUUUUUAAUAUUAUGUGACGCUUAAUUAAGUCUGAAUAUUGUGUUUUAAUUGAUCUUUAAUUGGUGAUUUAUUUACAGAAAUAUUUAAUUUCCUCUUCACAUUUUGUACUUUAUUCAAAUUAUAGACCGCGCGUCACUUGAAAAUUUUGUGGUAUUCCUUGAAUGGCGAUUAUUAGUGACAGAAGUUUUUUUGCGCCUUAGUUCGUGUUACCUUUAUAUAUUGCUUAUUCUUCUCACCGAAUUAUAUACCUCCUUAGAAGAGACUAGCGAGAAUUUUGUCGAUUGCUAUCGUGACUUGAUGGUCACGAUUUGUUUUAAACAAAGUCCACCAAACUGUGAAUUGAGAACGUGAGCAGAACCGAGCUUAAAAGAUAUUCGAAUGUAUGGCAUUGAAUUUGUAUUGUUUAAUGUAAUUUGUUGUGUUUUUAAUACAUUCGUUGUUAUAAAUUCCGGGCGUUGCUGGACUGCGCCACGUGUUUCAACAAUUUUUUGUCUUCUGUCGAACAUAUUAGCUUUCAUGAUGGAUUUCACGUAGUCAAGUCUCAUUGUGCUGAUAAUGAUAUCUCUCUUCCUAUGAAUUUAGCUCGUGUUCCUUUUUUGUGCUAGGAGUGUAUACUACCUACUUCAAUUAAUAUGGUCAAACUGGAAAUGAUCGCUCGUGUGAUGCUUUGGAUCAAGCUUUACCCUUGAUAUUAUAUUCCUUAAUUUUCGUCCGGACCUUCAUUCCUCGUGUUACGCAACUAGUCAUUAAUUACUUUAAUUCUAGAUUUGUCCACGAUUUUUCGAUUUGUGCUUAUGCGGUCAGCCGAUGUGAGUUGACUGAGCUUUCAGUUGUUCAUUGAACGAAUUUUGUUCCUAAUUUUUCACAACCCAUAUGAAGAUUUUGCCAAAAUGCUUUCUAUUUUAAAGCGUGCAAAAUUGUCUCAUUUUAUUGUACUAGGUAGUUUUUUGAGGCAAAGAACGUACUACCCUUCAGUUGAAUUUUUGGUUGUACUUAAAAUGAAGGUAAUUAUGUAUUUGAAAUUAUGUUCGUUCAUUUGGAAGUAAAAAUUUCCAGAUUGAUUUAGUUCCCGAUAGCGGUUUUCAUUGUUUACGUUGGAGAUCUUGGGAUGUAUAACGAAGGUUGGAUGAAGUGGAUGAAGAGUACAAGCUUGCGGUUGUUUGCUUUGCAGGUGGUCAUGUAGAGACCGUUCGCUGGUCGCACUUAUACGUAGGCUGCUACGUAAGCAGAAAACAAUCUGUCGUACAAUUAGCUGUAAUUUCAUUUUAAUGUAAAUACUAGCCUAAGUAGACAUUGUCUUCUCAUUGAAUGUUCUAAGUAGCAGGAAGUGAAGGCCUGUGUUCUUUCUUUAUGUUAAAUCAAAUGGAGCCCGUUUUCCCAUCGUUGAUCUUGCAGGUGACACAAGAUAAUAUAACUGUCGAGGUGGCUUCUCCGGCAUUAAAUUUCAGGUUUUCCAUAUCAUUAACGCCUCGUCCUGUGCUGCUCUCUUUCAUUCCCCUUUCUUUAUCAUCGUUUGUAUAUAUGAGCAGGUUUUUGUAUAUUGUUGAAAAUAUUUUUAUUAAUAUUUCUUUGUAAAAAAUAGCACUCGUGUCCUGAGGAGAAGUCCAUCGUGACACUAAAACAUUAUAUACGGAUUGGCGGCUGUUUGUAUGUAUGGAAACUUUCUCACCAGUAUAAUUUUAUGCAGGCGUUAUGGUAGGGAACUGGAGACGAAUUUUACCUCGUGUAAAUAUUGUAUUUGGUUGGAGCGCUGCAGUACGAACUGCAGGCUCCCUCGUGCGAAGAAAGUCUGUUCUCGAUUUGUAUUUUCUCGCCCACAAACGUCGUUGGACUUCGAAUUUGCUUUUUAUCGCAAGAAUAAAUCGAUUUCAAUUGGUACGAAAAUAAACUGCAACAUGCGAGACUUUGAACAAGGGGGAAAAGCAUACCGUAGAUUAUGUGAUGAAGUGUUCAAUCGAUUAAAUUUUCGAUAAUUACAGCGACUUACAAUACGCAUUAUUUCGUUCAUUAAGUUAUGUCUCAACUUCAGUGCAGCCGCAGUUAAACGUAUUAAGACGCUUCUAGGCAAAACGCGCUCUGCAAAGAUCUUCAUGUUCGCCUGAUAUACAUGUCAAAAUUGAAACUAUAGGUUCACAAAUUAAUAUUUUAAGAUUUUUUUUUUCGUAUUUGGUAUUUUAUGCGCGAAAUAUGAACUUGUUCCAUUUAUGGCUCGUUUAGUAAUGUGCUGUUGGGAGGUUCCCAGUUCGUGGCGGUUCCUUAGUCGGAAACUGCGUUCGUACCAAAGUUAUGAAGUGUUAGGCUUCGUGUCGAUAUUGUUAUCAUUGCUGUGUAUAGAUCCCGUCAAAUUCGGCUAUCGUCCAAAGUUUGUGUUGUAUUUUACAAAGAUAAUAUUAUGAAUAGAUGAAAUUCUUGAA